UUUAGUUAGCAUUCAAACACAACUGUUGCUAUAAAAGGGCGAGCAAUUGCUUUGUUGAAAUUGCAAAACUUUAGAAACAGUUGAGAUGCCAAAGGUCCAAUUGCUUAUCACAUUGCUGCUGUUGGCAUUUGCAAAUGCCGAUGUGAGUGGUCCUCAAGACCCAUCACUCCCAGGCCCGCAAACAUAUGCACCAAUUGAUGAAACAACAAAGAUAUCAACUGCAGUAUCAUCAUCAUCGGAGCCAGCAGAUACGGAAUCUACAACAGUUGCAGCAGGGGAUGAAGAAGCAAAACAAGAUCCAGAAGCAACUCCAAAUAUAGGUAAUAAUCAAGAUGUAGAUGGAACACCAGAUGCAGAUAUAAAGCCAGAUUCGGAUGCGAAACCCGAUGCGGAUGCAACACCAGAUGCAGAUAUAAAGCCAGAUUCGGAUGCAAAACCCGAUGCAGAUGCAACACCAGAUGCAGAUAUAAAGCCAGAUUCGGAUGCGAAACCCGAUGCAGAUGCAACACCAGAUGCAGAUAAGAAGCCAGAUACGGAUACGAAACCCGAUGACGAUACAGAUGUGGAUGCAGAGGACUCAGCAGAGGAAGGAAUCGCAACAACCAUUGAGCAGCUGGAAAGCUCCACAACAACUCCAAUUGAAGACACUCACCACGAACACCACCAACAUAGCAUAGGACAUGUCCACGCUCACGAUGGCUUCCAUGAUAUAAAGCGGGAGAAAUUGUGGGCACAUUGGAACGAUGCGUUUACCACAACCGUUGGCAUAGAACCCGAUAAUAGUACCAUGCAAUAAAGACACCCUGUAAAUGAG